AUGUGCGUACAGACUUAUGAUGUGUGGGCGAUGUGCAACUGCAUUCAUUUCGGACGAGUUCAACGUUGUGAAGAGUUCGGCGUGCCAUUUUGCCAACGAGAACGAUGCACAGGACGUAUUCUACGAGUUCUCAAUAUUGGCAUCAUUGGAAUUGCUGAAGAACGGCUUCAUCAAAAGGCAGGAAUGUGCCCGGAGUGCUCGGAGAAUUUGUAUCGAGAGAUGUGGGCGCUUCGUUGGGAAUGGACGUCUCGUCAGAGUGAAGAGUGGGCAGCGAAACAGCGCGAGAAUAAAUAG